AUGUCUACAAGAGUAGAGAAAAGAAUAAAACUUAUACCCCCUGAUGGGGGAUGGGGUUGGAUGGUUGUAACUGGGGCAGCAUUAUCAAACAUUUUUAAUCAGUCCAUGCUGUCUAUGUUCAGUUUAUUAUACGGCGAUGCAUUAGAAGCUAUGGGUCACAAUACGAAAGGUGCUGCUAUAGUUUUAAGCACUAUGUUGUUUGUUACAAAUUUCGGCGGCCCUAUUGCGGGAGUAAUAGUAAAAUUAACGUCGACUAGAUUUGUAGCUAUAUUAGGAGCGUGUAGUUGCACUUUGGGAAUUUUCCUCAGCGGCUUUUCAACAAAUAUAUGGCAUUUAAUAAUGACUUACGGUUUUUUGCUAGGUUUAGGACUUGGCUUCAUCCAAAAUUCAUCCUUCGUAGCGAUGAACAGUUACUUUAAAUUGAAAAAAAGUAGAGCAGUAGGUUUAGCUAAUGUUGGAACUGGGAUAGGGCAAACGCUAAUGCCACACGUAGUUAGAUUCCUUUUAGAAAAUUAUGGAUUCCGAGGAACAUGUAUGAUUCUAGGUGGUUUAAGUUUACAUGGGAUAGGUGGCACUUUAUUAAUCCAACCUGUGGAAAGGCAUAUGAAAAAAGUAGAAGAGGAUGUUAUAAUUGAUGAUAAAGUUCAUCUCUUAGAAGAAAAACACAAAAAUAUAGUAAUAGAUAAAAAUCUAACGAUAAACGGAGAACUUAUAUAUAAACCAAAUAACUCUGAGAAAAAUGGAAAACAUUUUGAAAACGGUUUGAAUUUAGAACAUAACGUGAAUGUCAAAAGCAAUUCAGAUAUUUCUAAGUCAAAAAAGGGUAUGUUACGAAAAAUAUACGAUUUGUUUGACAUAUCAUUAUUAUCAAGCCCUAGGUUUUUGAAUAUUAUAAUAGGAAUUGCUUUAACGGUUACAUCUAUUCAAAACUUCAGUUUGAUAUUUCCACUUUUUCUACAGAAAGUCGCAGCAAUGGAUAAACAGCAGACAGCAAAUUGCAUGUCAGCAGUAGCAAUAGCCGAUAUAGUGGGUAGGUUAACGUUGCCGGCGUUCCAAGACAAGUACAAAAUUAAAGCAAGACUGAUGCUCAUUAUGACGAGCAUUUGGCUUAUUAUUGUUAGACAAGUUCUAGCGUACCAGACUGACUUGAAUGUCUUAAUCCUUAUGUCAUGCUUAUACGGUUUUGGUAGAAGUAUGAUAAUCGUGGCUCGAAAUUUUGCUAUAUCCGAGAACUGUAGAAUUGAUCAAGUACCCGCGGCAGUUGGACUGGAUGUACAAUUCAAGUUUAAACCAAAAAGAAGCACGGCAAUGGCUUUAGAUAAAUUUACGCAGUACGUGAACAUUUACACAGUGAACAAGUGA